AUGUCUUUAUAUGGUAGUUUUCUGUCUGACGAGCAGUUCCAGUGCUCCAUCUGCCUCGACGUGUUCACCAACCCUUCGUCCACGCCCUGCGGCCACAGCUUCUGCAUGGACUGCAUCAGCAGAUACUGGGACGGAUCUAAGGUUUGCCAGUGUCCUCUGUGUAAGAAAACCUUCCAGAAGCGACCAGACCUCCAGAUCAACAGGACGCUGCGAGAGAUCACCGAGCAGUUUAGAUCCAUGAAGGGAGGGGCAGUGGUUGGGAGGGAGAAGAGGGGGGGGAGUGACUCCAUCACAACGUUGUUUUCGCCAGUCACGACCUCCCUGGCUUCUUCGGUACCCAACAACAGUCCGGUCGCUGCCCUGAGCCCCACCUCCGGACCUCCUCCGCCUCCUCCCCCGUAUUACCGAUCCAGCGGCCGAAGGAGGUUCACCGUGAGCGGGGCUGCAAGCAGCCAGAGCCUCCCCGUCUGUGAGGUCCACCAAAGGGGAAUAAUGAUUUACUGUAGGAAUGACAGAGUGUGUAUUUGUCCUGUUUGUGAGACCGAGCACCAUCAGGAUCACGACACAGUGACUGUCGAAGACGAAUGGAUGAAAACCAAGUCCCAGCUAAAUUUGUCAGAGCAGGAGAUCCAGGAGAUGAUCAGACAGAGAAUCAGGAAGAUCGAAGAGAUCAGAAAGUCAGUGAUUGAACUGGGGCGGGCGGUGGAGCGAGAGACAGCAGGCAGCGUUUGCCUUUUCUCCGCACUGGUGUCUGCAAUUGAGCGCUCUGAGGCAGAGCUGAUGGAGGUGAUGGAGAUGAGCCGGAGGGCGGCCGAGCACCAGGCUGACGCCAUGAUACUACAGCUGGAGCUGGAGGUGGAAGAACUGCGGAGAAGAGAAAGCGCCCUCGCCGAGCUCGCCCAGUCAGAUGACUACAAUCACUGUGUAAAGACUUUCCCCAUCCUCUCCAGUCUUCCACCUGCCAAAGACUGGUCUAGUGUGUCGGUGAACUCUGACCUGGGAACAGGGACCAUCUACAGGUCACUGGCGGCUCUGGUGGAGAGGUUCCAGGAAGAGCUGAAAGUUGUUGCAGAAACAGGUUUUCCUGCCUCAGCACUGGAACCCAGUCCAGUCCGAACACAGCCUAGGAUGAAGAGAGUACAGGAGUAUGCAUUGGAUGUAACUCUGGACUCCAACACGGCCCAUCCUAGACUGGUUCUGUCAGAGGACAUGAAGAGUGUGAGGUGUGGAGACCGACACCAGCUGCUUCCGGACAAUCCCGAGAGGUUUGACAGAGUCGUCUGUGUCCUGGGGAGGGAGGCGAUUUCAUCUGGGAGACACUACUGGGAGGUGGAGGUGGGUGGGAAGACGGACUGGGACCUGGGGGUGGCCAGGCAAUCCAUCAACAGGAAGGGGAAGAUUGAAGUUACCCCAGUCAAUGGAUACUGGUUCCUCAGCCUAAGAGACAAGAGCAAGUACGCCUUUCGCACCGAACCCUCCACGGACGUCCAUCUGAACCUCCGACCGCAUAAGAUCGGGGUAUUUGUGGACUUUGAGAAAGGACAGGUGUCUUUCUACAACGUUGACGCUAAAAUCCACAUCUACACUUUCAGUGACACUUUCACCGAAUGCAUCUACCCGUUCUUCAGCCCCUGCACCAAUAAAUCAGGGAAGAACGAAGGGCCGCUGAUAAUCACACCAGUAAACUCGACAGAGUGA